AUGGCAGAAGGACGCUUCAAAGAUGUUGCAUACAAUUCGGUCGAGGGCAGUGACAACGACGGCUACGUAGCGCCGCCUAGACAGCAAACCUUACGAUCAAAGGCAUGGCCUUUCGUCACGGGUGUGUUGACCAGUGUCGCUAUCGUGCUAGUUAUUGUCGCUGCUAGGCACAUCAUCGAGCCUCGACAAAAGACUGCUGCAGAAAUCGAAGACGAAGAAUGGAAUCAUUGUGGUCGCUCAAGCAAAGUCGCCAUGGAAAAGGGCUGCGUCAUGGAGCCACUCUUCUAUGGCUGGAUGCCACCACAAUGUGUGUUCCAGGAGCUCACCACUCAAUACCCAGUCUUUGAAGACCGAAAGUGGUUCAAGGACGAGAAUAUGACCCUUCCAAUUUCUAGUGAGUCGCUGUGGAAGGGCGAACAUAACACCAUCUAUACGGGAAGGCAAGUUCCGGUGACACUAAAAAGUCCAAAGCAAUCCAUUGACAUCAAUGAUCAGAUAUCAUGGGGAGCAUUGUCUUUUCCAGUGGCGUAA